CACAGAGAAAAAACAUAAAAGGAAAAGAGAAAGAAGCAUUGCUAGGUCGAAGUUGAAAAACCCUUAGUAUCGAGACUGUGCUGCUCUGAGUGGAACGGAAAAGCCCUAGACACUUCGCGAUGGCGGUGAACACGCAAACCCCUGACAUCUCCGGCGAGCGACAAUCCGGCCAGGACGUUCGCACCCAAAACGUGGUGGCGUGCCAAGCCGUCGCUAACAUCGUCAAAACCUCACUAGGCCCCGUUGGCCUUGACAAGAUGCUUGUUGAUGAUAUCGGCGAUGUCACCAUCACUAACGACGGCGCUACCAUACUCAGGAUGUUGGAGGUUGAGCAUCCCGCCGCUAAGGUUUUGGUGGAAUUGGCUGAGCUUCAGGACAGGGAGGUUGGAGAUGGCACCACUUCAGUUGUUAUUGUAGCUGCUGAGCUUCUCAAAAGAGCAAAUGACCUUGUGAGGAAUAAGAUCCAUCCAACCUCAAUUAUCAGUGGAUAUAGACUUGCGAUGCGAGAAGCUUGUAAAUACAUUGAUGAAAAACUUGCUGUCAAGGUUGAUAAACUGGGAAAGGAUUCACUUGUAAACUGUGCCAAGACCAGCAUGUCCUCAAAGUUGAUAGCUGGUGACAGUGACUUCUUUGCCAAUAUGGUUGUAGAUGCAGUGCAGGCUGUAAAGAUGACCAAUGCUCGGGGUGAAGUUAAAUACCCAAUUAAGGGAAUCAAUAUAUUGAAGGCUCAUGGAAAAAGUGCUAGAGACAGCUUUCUGAUGAAUGGUUAUGCUCUAAAUACUGGCCGUGCUGCUCAAGGAAUGCCUCUUAGGGUUGCCCCUGCAAAAAUUGCUUGUCUUGAUUUCAAUCUUCAGAGGACAAAAAUGCAAUUGGGUGUUCAAGUAUUAGUCACUGACCCCAGGGAGCUUGAGAAAAUUCGUCAAAGAGAGGCUGAUGUGACUAAGGAACGUAUUGAAAAGCUACUGAAAGCUGGAGCCAAUGUUGUUUUGACUACUAAAGGGAUUGAUGACAUGGCACUUAAGUACUUUGUUGAGGCUGGGGCAAUUGCUGUUAGACGUGUGCGGAAGGAGGACAUGCGACAUGUUGCCAAAGCAACUGGUGCAACAUUGGUUUCAACAUUUGCUGAUAUGGAAGGGGAGGAGACUUUUGAACCAUCAUUUCUUGGAACUGCAGAAGAGGUUGUUGAAGAGCGUAUAUCUGACGAUGCUGUAAUUAUGAUCAAAGGGACCAAAACUUCGGGUGCAGUUUCAUUGGUUCUCAGAGGUGCAAAUGACUAUAUGCUAGAUGAGAUGGACAGAGCUCUGCAUGAUGCGUUAUCAAUUGUUAAGAGAACUCUAGAAUCAAAUACGGUUGUAGCUGGUGGAGGUGCUGUUGAAUCAGCAUUGUCAGUUUAUUUGGAGUACCUUGCUACAACUUUAGGAUCCCGGGAGCAGUUGGCUAUAGCAGAGUUUGCUGAGUCUUUGUUAAUCAUUCCAAAGGUGCUUUCUGUCAAUGCUGCUAAGGAUGCUACUGAGCUGGUUGCAAAAUUACGGGCCUACCACCACUCAGCACAAACUAAAGCUGAUAAGAAACAUUUAUCAAGCAUGGGCUUGGAUCUUUCAGAAGGAAAAAUUAGAAACAACUUGGAGGCUGGAGUCAUUGAGCCUGCAAUGAGCAAAGUCAAGAUUAUUCAGUUUGCUACUGAAGCUGCUAUUACUAUCCUUCGAAUUGAUGACAUGAUCAAGCUUGUCAAGGAUGAUGGUCAAGAAGAGGAUUAGCGUGUAACCGAAUUUUGAGGGCUUUUACUUCCUCGUCCUUGCAGAAGAGAGGGCUUUUACAGGCAGUACCUGUGCAUUUGAAGAGGGUAGCUAUUUUAUCUUAAGUGCCCUUGAUGGUCUUGAAGGAAGAAUGUUUUGAUUUUAUUUUUUAAUGUAGCGUUUAUUCUAUUUGUAUGUUAGCAUUCUAUAUUCUGACGAAUUGUAACCAAUAUUUUGCACCGGGCCAGUACCACAUUUUGCUGUUUUGUCUACAUCAGUUGAAAAGUAGUUUCGUGUUUGUUUCAUGCAUUAGGAAGUUGCAUGUUGUAACAUGUCUUUCGAAGGCAGGGUUUGAUUUAGGAAUUUUGUUUCAUCAUGGUUGGUUUUUAUUAAAUACGUACCUGUGUUGGUCUAUAAUGUAAGUUUAUUUUAUGGAAACCAGAUGACAAUCUUCUAAUUCAAAGAUUUGUAACAGCUUAAGCCUGUCA